CAGAGCUCGCAAAACCUCCACACCUUCCUGAAAUAGCCACUAGCCUAGCUGCUCGCCGAGCUCUCUGAUCACUCUCUCAGCCUUGCUCACUGGUUCAUAGCUUGCUAGUACCAGCUCGAUCAACCCCGUGUGUAACCGAUGGAGUUUGACCUGAUGAAUUACAGCCCGGAAGCGCAGCUCGAGCUGAUGAACACGAUGCUUCAGCUGGAGCAGCUCACCGCGCUCGACGGUUGCCAGUCGCUGAUGGCGCCCGUCUCGCCGCCGAUAUCCCCGGUGCAAACCCACGCAACUCACUGCUUCUCGCCUCCGCCACACAUGUCGACGACCACGGCCGCCACCUGUUACGCGGACCAGUACACGCCGCUGGCCGCGUACGCCGGUAGCACCGGCCUCGAGCACCGCCAGGUCGACUACGUGCUGUCCCCGGGCGGCGCGGCUGACGCCACCGCGGGCGCGGUGGCGCAGGCGGGGUCGUCGUCGCCGACGUCGUCGGCGGACGCGAUGCGGGAGGUGAUCUUCCACAUCGCGGCUCUGCAGCCGGUGGAGAUCGACCCAGAGGCGGUGCGUCCCCCUAAGCGGCGCAACGUGCGCAUAUCCAAGGACCCGCAGAGCGUGGCGGCGCGGCUGCGGCGGGAGCGCAUCAGCGAGCGCAUCCGCACCCUGCAGCGGCUGGUCCCGGGCGGCACCAAGAUGGACACGGCGUCCAUGCUGGACGAGGCCAUCCACUACGUCAAGUUCCUCAAGUCCCAGGUGCAGUCCCUCGAGCGCGCCGCCGCCGCCACCCACCGCGCCGCCGCGCUCGGCGCCGCCUACCCCGCCCUCCACGCGCCGUGGCAGUACGCGCUCCCCCACGGCGACAUGUAACGACCAAGCCUAGCUCUCUCCAUCGCUAUUACUGUCGGCGCGCGCGCCGGUCGCCGUUGGUGGAGUCUUGGAUCGGAGGACGGCCGGCCUCUGCCGCCGCCGCUGAUUCCUGUACGUUGUAGUGUUGUGUGCAUCAUCGGUGCAUGAUCACAUGCGCGUGUAAAGAUGUAGGAGCCUUUGAUACAUUUUUAUUGUUGUAGCCGCAUACGACGUGGUUGCUCCAAUUUUUUGUUGGAGUCGCAGCCCGUGCAUGCGCGUGCGUACGUGCCCUACCCUACGUAGAGGCUGUACAUUUCUUCCUCUUACCUUUUCUUUAUCCAUGGACUAGUGCUUCGUUUUCGCAGCUUCAUCAA